AGGAGUCAUACCAAGCAUAGCCUGCGUGUCAGUGCAGUCGACUUACAGCUGGCUGUGAGGAGAACUGACGCUAUUCUCUUUUUUUCUCUUUAUCGCCGCGAUACAUUCAUAUCAAUUUGACAAAAAAGUACCCUGAACACGGUGUCAAUAUUCUCCGCGGGGUUUUAUUUUAUUAAAGGGGGUUUCUGGAAAGUUGGAGGCUGGGCCUUUAGCUUUUUGACCGUCGCUUGAGAGAAGAAGAAGAAGAAGAAGAAGGGGGAAAAAAGCUGGUCUUUUUUGUGUUGUUGUAAAAACUCGAUAAAUGCUACUAACGAAAAUGGACCUGUUGAACUACCAGUACCUGGACAAGAUGAACAACAACAUUGGCAUCCUCUGCUACGAAGGUGAAGCAGCUUUGAGGGGUGACCCCAGACUCCAGUCCCUGUCUCUGUCCUCAUCCUCUUCCUCCUCAUCCUCCUCUUCGUCGUCGUCCUCCUCAUCUUCCUCCUCCAUCUCCAACCACCGGACAGGUCCUCCUCCCAUCAGCCCCACCAAGAGGAAGCUGAGUGGGGACCAGGGGGACAGUGACAUGGAUGACAACGAGCAUGUGGCAAAGAUGAGCCGACUGUUUGCUACACAGCUGAAACCUAACGGAGACUACCGCAGCUCUCCCAUCCCCAAGGACCGCAGCCGGAGCCCCAUUGAGCGCGUAGUGGUGCCCAGCGCUCUGGGAGUCCACAGCAACCACCUGUACAGCCAUGCCCACCACCACCAUCACCACCUGGCCAGCUUAGCUGGCAUGGACCAGCCACUUGCACUCACCAAAAACAACAUGGUGGAGUCUGCACGCAGCAGCACAGCAGCUAUGGCCACAGUGCCGCACACAGUCAGCGCCGUGGAACGCCAGCAGAAUCGUCCUUCAGUGAUCACAUGCGCCCCGGCCAACAACCGCAACUGCAACCUGUCUCACUGUCCAGUGUCCCACAAUGGCUGUGCAAGCCUCACCAACAACUACAGAAGAAUCAACACCAAUACAGCUUGCGACCCUGUGAUCGAGGAGCACUUCCGCCGCAGUCUGGGGAAGAACUACAAGGAGCCGGAGCCCACCGCCACCAACUCUGUGUCCAUCACAGGCUCAGUGGACGACCACUUUGCCAAGGCACUGGGCGAGACCUGGCUGCAGAUCAAAAAUAAGGGGAGCCCCUCGUCCUCCAGCAGCAGCCCAAACUCCUCCCCCGACAGUCACAUGGUCAAUCACAACCACUCCCCGUCUGUGGUCUCCUGAAGUAGGAGGAGUACACGAGGGAUUUUUCCCCAGUCCUCCCUACCAUCCCGGCUCCAACACCCAAGCCCUUGUCACUUUGCUCUGUCAUCAGCAUCCCAGAGGGAAUGCCUGCCUGCUGGUCUGCUCAGAACAUCUAAAACCCUCGAGCCUGCUCUCUCUCUCUAUGCACUCAUAGAGGAUCAAUCAAGCAAUAACAAUGUGGCCGUAUUUUUGCCCUCUGGUACGGUAUUACCAGAGAAUAAUCCGUAACGAGUGAUGAGGGUUCGACUUUGGGACUUGACUGGAGCAUCAAGCUGCUCCUUCCAAUCAUUCAUCAUCCCUGCAUGUCAAGCUUGGAGCUGAGCAAGUGUCUGUAGUUAUAUGUACAUAAAGAGAGAGAGGAAAGGUGGCAUUUUAAUUAUUAAUUUUCUUCUUUUUUUGUUGUUGUUUGUUUCUUUAACAGUAGUUUUGUGUUCUGCUUUUGCGUUAUGAGAUGCCCAACAUUUGAAAGAAGAAAUAAGUGAGAAACACUUUGGAGAAAAUCAUCACAAACCACCUGACUGUGCUACCAAAGAAACCUCAGACACUGAUGCUUAUCAACGCCCGCCUCGAAAACAAAACAUCAAAAAGCCAUCUUGCGAUCUCCCUCUGUUUUCAUCUCUUCUCACCUUCCUUCUCUCUCCCUCUCGCUCCUGUGUUCGUGUUUUGGGGUUUUUGUCACUGUAUGUGUAUACUUAGGUGAUCGACUUGGUCUGAUUUGCACUACUGCCGUAGAGGGUGAAGGUUGGUAUGUCAAUAUUGUAAUCUGGCACUGCACACACUGGGACUGAUAGAGCUGGUUUUGGCGCAGUCUGGUAUAAUUCAUCUUUUGUUGGAAACUCUAUUUGAUCCCAUUUACUGUUUUUUAAAAUCUACCCGGACAUAAUUUCAUCCUGGCCCUGACAAAAAAAAAAUACUUACGCAUUAGUGUUUGAAUGCAUUUUGGAGAAAUGGAAAAUGCACACCAGUGGGACUGGGCAGUAUAAAGUGUUAGAGAUAUGCAAAGUAACAAGAAUUUGGAUACCAAGGUCCAAUCCCAAUACACACCUUGCCCCAACCACUUAGCUCUUGCCCUGUUGUUUUGCGUGUUUAUGUAGAGUUACCCGAUUCUUGUUGGGACAGAGAGGUAGGGCAAAUUGUUAGGGCUACAUGGCUCUCCAAAUGGAAAGCACCAAAAAACACCACAGUGUAUUCUCUUUAUUAAAUUAAUGACAGAGAACUCCAUAUUAUGUUAGAUUCAGUCUAUUAUGGUCCUUUUCAUUAUAACAAGCUUAGAAAAAGAAAUCGCUAAUCUACCGGUAUCUUGGUAGCUAGCUAGCUAAUAUUAUAUUAUUAAUGCUGUAUGACAGCUCUGCAUUUUGACAUAUUUCCAUGUUGCAUUCCCCCUUUUAAAGGCAUAUGGCGCCUGAAAUUUAACGAAACUCCAGCAGCAAAAUCGCUGCUCUUGUUACUGCUCCUGUAAUAUCAGGCAAGAUAGGAGCAGGGGUUGCUAACAUUAUUCCACUGAGCACAGCCAGUGGCUGGUAAUGAAGCAAUGUUCUGUUUUUUUAUUCCAUGACUUGUUUGAUUAAUUAAUUGAUUGCAUGAAACUUUAGUGGUGAAGAAAUUCUGGUGUUCUGACAACAGCAAAAGGCUUCCUGUAGCAGUAUUAACAUCAGCGCAGCAUCACAGACUACAGUUUCAUGGGGGACGAUUUCAACCUCUACCACUUGAAACUCUGUUCUGAGGGGCAAAGGGUCUCGAAAAUGAGGGGUAGAGGUAAAAAUAAGUAAUGGGAUUGGGCCCGUGUGUUCCAGUAUAAAGUACAUUUUGUCAGAUCACUGCAUGUUGGUUAGUACAGCUGUUAGGUGGGCGAAAAAAAGGUUGCUUGUAUUGCCACCUCUGGCAACCCUAAACAGCGCCAAACUGUUAGAAUUCAUUUUACAAGCACAGUCACGUUAUCAAAUCAGCCCACUGUGGUGUUGAUGGACAUCACAGCCUGUUUGAGAGCAGAUCAGGGCCUAAAGAACACAGCUGUACGACCUGCAGCAUGUUGCAGGUCGUGAUUUGCUGAAUAAUGUGCUUUGCUGUGUUUAACAGGCUCAAGUGCUGACAGCAACGAGGGGAUAGAUGAUGCUGCAUGUCACUUUGUGGUUGUAAAAAAAAAAAAAGUCUGGUUUCUUGACCGGGGGAGAGAAGAUUAUUCAGAUCUCUUCAAACACACCUUUGUUUUUGUAUCUCUUUGAACACGGGUGUUGGAAUUAUAUUUGGCUUACACCCUGCAACCCCUCCCUCUCCUACACACUGUGGUUUGAUAGAUUUCUACAAGGUUUGAAGGGUAAACUAAUGCUUUUACACAUGCAUGUUUUUUUCUUUGUUUUGUUUUUAAUAGCUGGUAUCUAUUAAUGUUUUUAAGCAUUUCAAUCUUAACUACUAUUAGCCUUUUUCAUUCGGACGUUAGUUGUUACUUCUUUCGUUGUCAGUAACAGACAUAGACACUAUACACUCACUGCUGGGUCAGUCGUACUCCAUAUUAUUUUUAUUGUUAUUAUUGCAAUUUUGUGCUUUUGUUUUCCAUUAAUAUCAGUAUGCUAACAAACAUCUAUAGUGGGACAGCCUCCGGACAGGCUCUGUGUAACGAUGAGGGCUGCGUUUCUCAAAACCGUCUCAGCACAGGAAUUGGUUGGCUCAUUCCCACGGUCGAGCAGAGAUGUUUAAAAUUUUGAGCUGGCUUUGGGAUACGCAGUCCGUAAAACUUUUCUUAAGAUGUUGAUCCAUCAGUGGUACAGGAUGCUACAACCUUCAGCAUGAGCGAACUGAGACACCAAGUCAGCAUAAAUUAGUCAACAAGGCUUUGUUUUCCUAAAAAGCAUCUCAAAUUGGUUUUAUUCUUAUGAGUGUAUUUGGCUGUCCAUUAAAAUCACCACAAUGACCAGCCUUUGUGCCCCAAAAGUACACAGCCUAGUAUGCCAUGAUGCUUUUGAGAAACAAGGUUUUACAUAUAGUAAGAACUAGUGAUGACGGCUCUCAAAAAUUUUGUCGAGGCUUAAGAGCUGUGUAUAACCUUGCAGGAAGAUUGCCGCAAACAAAACAGCAGCAGCAACACUUGCAGGUGGUUAUUUAAAUUUAUGGCUCUCAACCUUCAUACGUUGACUUUUUUUGUCUCCACUUGGUGUCCAGACUUUUGUUUUUGUACUUCAGUGCUUUCUUUUCUGAACAUCAUUGUGAUUUUAUGCAGUAAAGCUAGACUGCUGCUGUCUGAGAAAAUGAAUUUUACUCUGUUAAAGAGCCUGCGCCAAGGUGGCAUACAUUCCUCCUAUAGGGAACUUUGUACAGGCCUCAUACACACUCAGUAUCUCCACAUUAACACAGAGCUAAGAACCAGUCAGGGCCAACUGUCCCAGAGUUCCCUGCCAAUGUUUUUUUUGUCUUUAAUAGAAUUACAAGUGUCUGAUUUUUUUUCUUUUUUCACUGCAUGAAGCAGAUUGGUAAUGAGUUCAUAUCAUAUGAUAAAUGAACAAGCAUUUAUGCCAUAAAUACAUAAAACACCUUUUGGGACAUUCAGAGUCUAGAACUGUAAUGGUGGACAGUUAUGAGUCACUCUGUUUCAAAAGUACGGUUUCAUUUUGUGUUUCAGAGCUGAAGUUAAAAGGUUAUCAGGUUCACAUUUGUUUGGUUUCUGUCAUUUUUAUCAAGUAUGAUGAGAACAUCCAUUAGUUCUCUAACUGGAGCUCUCAUGGGACAUCUGUGUGUUCUAGAAUGUCCACACAUUCCAUCCUCAGCUGAACAGACGCGACAGACUCAGAACCGAUGGUGAAAGUUCUAGAAUCUUCACAUACACAAAAUUUUUAAUCAGAAGACAAAUGCCAGUGAAUCAAUAUCCCAAACAAAUAAGUAUUCUCAGUGUAAAUGUGCUUUCUGUGACCUGAGUGGUUUGGAUGGUAAUUUUUUUUAGUAGGCAGGUUCGGGAUGAGGGCGAAGCUUCAGGAGCUGAGCUUCUGUAAGUACGUCCUGUGAGCCAGGAGACAUUCAGCUGCCACUGAAAGUCUCACAGUGGUGACCCCCCCCCCCACCCCCGUCCCCACCCACACAUUCAGCUGACCCUGAUUAAGAUUUGUUGUAGCAAGCAACAUGCUAGAAAACACGAGGGAAAAGGGCUCAAUGUACAGAGGAUUUUGUUUGUCUAUUAUUAUUCUUUCUCAUUAUCAUUUCACUACCACCCUGUAGGUAGGAGGCUCUCUGUCUGCUUCGGCACACACUCCCUACACACUGUAGGAAAAUCACUUAAUAAAAUACUUUUUUAUAAUAGGUAACUAUAAGACCAUCAUUACGCUGUGCGUAACGAAUGUACAGAGAAAAAAAUCGUAGGUAUUUUUUGAGGAACAAUUAAUUUGUUAAUGAUAUGUAGCUAUUUAAUUGUUGUUUUUCCCUGUCCUUAUAUUGUAAUCAUUGCAUUUUCUUUUUUUGUGAAAAAAGUUGAUCUUUUUUGUUUAUAGAGUUUGUCUUGUUAGAGUAAAGGUUCAAGUGCAGGAACACAGUAAACGUAUGAAACCAUAAUAAGCCACUAGUGUGUUGGUGACAAUCGCUACUUCCAGUGGUCCCCAAUGUUCUGCAAUCACUUUACUUGUGUUCUAUCUUGUGACUUCUGAGACAUAAGAACUGAAAGGUUGUUGUUUUAGAGGCCCCCCAAGUUUUGCAUUCAUGGAACAUAAUUAUUUUGCCACUAGCCCAGUGAGUCCUGCCACUAAUUUCCAUUAAACUUAAAGUAAAGAUCUAUAUUAGUCAUGGGCUAGAAGGAAGUUAAAAAUCCGUCUGCUGUUUGUAAGGAAAACAAAUUCUAUGAACUGAGAUGUAAGUAAAACCAUCGGAUUGGUUGAACUGCACUGAAAUCAAAACACUUAAGUUUAGUCACUGAAUUGAUGAAACUCAUACAGCAUUUUUGUACCCAUUUUGUGCUAAAGUUUAUCUGCGUCAUCUCCUUAACCAGUCACUGAGGCAGAGAUUUGACCAGCAAAUGAGCUUUGGGGAUGUCACCCUUGUAUCCGAUGUCGCUGUUCACAUCAGUGGCAGCCAUUUUGCAUCUGUGAUCAAGUAAACAUGAAAAUUGAACAGAUAAAUCAGAGAAAUUGGUUUGUACUCUGACUGUACCACAUUUUCCAGGUCCUUUCUGAAGUUGAAGUAGCAUGUACCUAGUGGUAGUAAUACUCUGAAAUGUAAAAAGAAAAAAAAAUGUAUCAAGAAAACAAAAGUCAAUUUGUGGCUCUGUGUCUCCUACUAAAAAGGUUUUGGCAGGCCACCUUUUUUGUACGUAAAGUAGCCUUGAUGAACAAUAAAGUGCUUUUAAACCACGA